UUGUUCACAGAUUGUCAUGAAGGGGAUCGUUUGUGGUAUUUUGGUUGCAUUAUUUAAAGUUUUUUUUACAAUUCGUAACUUUUUGGCAUUCCUUUUCGCAGCCCUGAGUAUAGCUUCGAAGUUCCCAGUCCCUUUCACCUCUCUCGGGUCAGCGAAAUACAAAGCAUGCAUGCCAUCAUGCCGACCGGGUAUGGUACGGUAUACGGUCUUAAAAUCAGACAGAUGGAGUAUUUCAGAAAGCCACCUGCAUCUGAACAGCUUUUGCAGCUUUCCGGGGCAAACAAUGCAUUCGCCAUCUACCUCUAUCAAACUCUUCGAGAUGAACGGGGUGGUAGAAACUUGUUCUUCUCUCCCCUCAGCAUAUCCACAGCUCUGGCAAUGACGCAGCUAGGAGCCAGAGGUGAUACAGCCAGUCAGAUCGCAAAUGUCUUUCGUUUCAACCAGGCAGACCUUAGGCAACUUCAUGGAACAUUUAAAGAACUGAACAGUUUGCUUUAUAAACCAGAUUCUGGUUACAAGCUUCAUGCAGCCAAUAAGCUAUAUGGAAAAUCUGGCUACAACUUUGUUCGGUCGUUUCUCGAAGGUACUGCUUCAUACUAUGGAGCAGCCAUUGAGGCAGUUGAUGACUUUGCAGAUCCCACUACCACUAAAUCUAUUAACGAUUGGGUUUCAAAACAAACUGAAGGAAAGAUUAAAGACUUGAUAGCUCCGGGAGUUCUUGAUGCUCUCACUAGACUUGUUCUUGUAAAUGCCAUUUAUUUCAAUGGAGCAUGGGAAUCAAAAUUUCUUCCAGGAAAUACUUCUCAGGAUUCUUUCAAGGUUUUAGAUGAAAGAAGGAUUGUCCAGAUGAAUGUUAUGUUUCAAAUGGGAAAAUUCAAUUUGGCCAAAGAUAAAUCCAAUGAUUGUCUUGUCUUAGAGUUGCCUUACAGAGGCCAGAGCCUGAGUCUACUGAUUGCUCUUCCAAACAAAGACGACGGCCUAGAUAAACUUGAGUCAAAUCUAUCUACGAAAACCUUCCAGUCUUGGGACAAAGGACUUCAAUCAACACUAGUACACGUGAUGCUGCCAAAAUUCAAGCUAGAGGCAGAAUUCCAACUUGCGGAUACCCUCAAAGUAAUGGGAAUGCCUGACGCUUUCGAUAAAGACAGGGCCAACUUCGAAGGCAUCGCAGGUGAUAAAGAUUUGUAUAUAUCUGCAGUCAUCCACAAGGCGUUUGUCGAUGUCAAUGAAGAAGGGAGUGAGGCAGCUGCUGCAACAGCCGUUAUGGUGAUGCUUGGAUGUUCUAUGCCAGCCAAGCCAAAGAAACCAAUCUUGUUCCGUGCAGACCACCCGUUCCUGUUUAUCAUUCGUCACAGGUUGACUAAGUCAGUCAUCUUCAUGGGUCGAAUGAUGGACCCGUCUUAGGUCUUCCAUUGUUUGUGUAGCUCCGGUCUCCUCACUCCUGUAUGAUGUUGUCAUAAUUGAUUGGAUCAGACAUAGACCUACUGAUUUCAUGUUCCUUUCACGUUGCCCUGGUAAAAAUAUAUUAAAUACUUGUUGGUGAACAAAAUACAAAAUGUACAUAAUAUUACACAGUUCUUGUUCAUGUGUACAUGUAUAGCAAGCAUCUGACACAGUAGCGUACAGAUGGGGAGCUCGGGGUCACCUGCCUUACCUUAUUUUUCACGACCAAGAAAAAAAAGAGAAGCGAAAAGAGGAUGAAAGAG